GCAUUUUUAAAAUCCACUCUUCUAUGUUAUUCUCCUUUUUUAUGGAUUUCGAAAGGUCUGAUAAUCAUCUCAUUGAUCUUCAAGAUGGGCGGAUUUGAAGAGCCCAGAAGAAGUAAAGGAAAUGGUAGAGAUGAGGUAGGGAUUUCAUUCAUUUCUGCAACUUUUUCCAUUGGAUUUGGCGUUAUAUAAGCAUUGGUUUGCGCACCGUCGACGCAUUAAUGGAUGUAACUGCAAUACUCAUUGUUGAUUGAGAUAUGUACGUUGAGUAUAUUUCUAAAGAAUAAAAUUAAUGGUGGGUUUUUGAAGUCCUCUGUGAACAAAACAGGAGGGCCCAUGACCGAGAGACAACAGUUGGGAAAAGGGUUUUUGUUUGUCUGUUGAAUUAUUGGAGGGGACCGCUGGUAGAGCCGUUGGUAGAGGCGAUAGAGCUUGGGAUCUAGGGUUUUUGUUUGCACAGUAAAACUGGAUGUGGGUACAGGGUACAUAGAUAGAUAACGAAAGAGGAAUAAGCUUUUAAAGAUUUUGUUCAACAAGAGCAAGGUAUGCAGAUGGUUUAUGGAAGGGAAAGGUCUCCGUCUCCCCUAGGGGAAGGGAAGGCAGAGAGACAUCGUCCAAAAUCACCCUACUUGGCCGAAAGAGAAGAGCUUCUGGGAUUUAAUGAGAAUAUCCCCAUUAAUCUUCCAAAUGCUCUUGCAGGGAUCAAUCCUAGAGUUCCCUCAAGUCCCCUGAUGUCCCCAAAAAAGCCUUCUGAAGUAGGAGAGGUUCCACCACCCAAGCAGACCAAACAGAGAUUAAGGAGCCCUGGAUACCAAUCCCACGCGGGUCUUACUGAGGUUGUUCCAACCAGGGUUAUGCUGCGAAGAAGCCCAAGAAAGGAGCCUGAUGAUCUGCCCCUUCAAGAAGAGCUCCCUCUUGUGCCUAUCAAGAGGAGUAGCAACUCUAAGGGCAAAGAUAAGAGUCCUCAUAGUUCUAGAAGGGCUAAGAGUGACAUGAUUUCUACAGAGGAGGAACAGCUUGAACUUGAUCUCAGACAGAAGAAGACCAGGGGUGAAGAUCCUGAACUGCAAGUGAAGAGCUUAUGCCAAUUAGAGAGACAGCCUUCAAGAACUGGGAGACCAUCCAGAAGGACUAGAAUGGAAUUGCAGGAAAUUGCAGAGGGAAGUGACAAUGUAGGUGUUGAAACCAAUGGAAAAUCAACUAGGCGUGGCCGGACACAGACUCGACAUCAGAAGCGAAAAGUCCCAGAUCCAGCCCUGCCUACAGCUGCUCCCGAGGCCCUGACUGUCAACAAGUCCAACACUCAAGGUCCACAGCUGUCUCGCAGUUCCUCUCAGCCAAGAAAGUCACGAAGAGUUCCAGAGGUCGAAAUUACUCAGGAGAGAACAAAAUGGCUUCAAUAUAUGGCUGAUUUGAUCAUGUGGAAGGAAACGCCAAAAUCUGCUUUUAUAUUUGGAUCAGGCUCUUUCUGUGUUAUUUCUUCAUUUUUCACUGAUGAUUUGCCCGUCAGUUUUGUGACCAUUGUAUCAUACUUGGUACUCUUUUAUCUGGCAUUAAUUUUCUUAUAUAAAUCAUUUAUUCACAGAGAAUCAGUUGAUCACGACACUAGUUCAACAAACUACGAAAUAAGUGAAGCAGAUGCUCUUUGUGUCAUUCGAGUGAUUCUGCCUCCUGUCAAUGCAUUGUUUGCAAAAAUUAGAGAACUUUUUUCUGGGGAUCCAUCUACCACUUUAAAGUUGGCAUCUGUUUUGUGGCUUCUAGCUGAAUGUGGUCACAUGAUGACAAUGUGGACAUUAAUCAGACUUGGGUUCUUUGUUAUCUUCAUCAUACCUAAAUUCUACUCUAGCUACUCUGCCCAAGUGCAUGGAUAUGGGGAUUGCUUGUUGCUUCAUUGUUGGGAGGCAUGGAAUACUUGUACCCAUAAGAAAGCAGUGCUGGCUUCUGUAGCUGCUCUUGCCUGGAACUUAUCCUCAGUUACAUCCCGUGUAUUGGGGGCUUUCAUUUUGACUGUUGCUUUGCGACUUUAUCAGAAAUCUUUGAACUCAGAACUAGAUAGCCAAAAUGAAUUCCUUCCACCAGAAGAUGUCCAAGAUGGGGAGACAAAUGCAAUAGAUAUUAGUGGACUAGAGUUGAUGGCAAUGUCACAGAAAGGCAGCUAGUUGUUUCAUAUGCUACAAAUCUAUAUUCAUGACUUAGGUCACCUAUUGUGUCUCUGCAAUUUACACAAUUCACAAUUUCUAGAUUGGAAAGGAGAUUAUCAAUUCUUUAGCAUUUGUAUUAUUCAUUUCGAACAAACUCAUUCUCAAUUCUUUCGACACUUCUAGCUGGUUUUCACACCCAUUUUAUCGAAUUUUCUGAAACUACAAGACUCGCAUAUCUUCCAUACUACAAACAGACUGUAUCCAUAAGAAGGUACAGUGAAUUUGUUCAUUAUUCUGUCAACUUUCUUGCUUCUACAACAACAUCUGUAUUUGAUGAUUAAUGAAUGGAUAUAUAGUGAAUUGUACAGUGAUUUGUGUC